CAUCGACUCGGCCUGCGCCUCCAGCCCGUCGGCGGUGCUGCUGGUCUGUUCGGCCCUCUAACCCGGCCAUCUACGCGGGCCCGAGCUGGAGAAUCCUCCCCGUCGCCCUCGGGACCCUGCGGCACCUUUCAGGACGCUGCUUACGGCUAUUGGCGUGGCGAGGGUCUAGGCAUUGUGCUGUCGUCAGGGGUGCGGUCUGCAGCUGCUCGGCCGGCGCCAUCUCCAUCGCGCACCCCAGCACCGCCAUGCGGCAGGACCUGUACCGCGACCUGCUGGCUCAGACUGGCAUUGAAGCCGCCUAGCUUAGCUACAUCGAUAUUGAGCCGCACUGCCAGUCAAGCUGGCGACACGGCCGGUGUGUUCAGCAUUGCUGCUGGCUACCCAUUGUACGUGGGCGUUGUCAAGGCCAACAUCGGCCACGGAGGGGAUGGCCGCGACCAUGGUAUCCCUAAUUAA